GCUUUGUAUCAUGACAGCCAGAGAGUCACCGCCCACGUGAAAUGUCCUGGAAUAGAAAAGGAAUCGCAAUCCCAAGGAUUUCCUCAUGACAAAUAAAAACGCUUGUGUUUAUAAGCUGCAGUGAAUAUCAGACGAACCAUUUGGGCGUUUUCUGUUUGAAUAACUUCGAUCAUAGAAAUAUUUGAUCAUGGUUAACCAGGCGAUAAGUUCACGCAUUCAGAUCGGACUGGACUUCUUUGAGUUUUUGAAGGAGAGUAAUCGAGCAUCCAUCAAAGACAGACUUGAACUGAGAGACAUUUACAACGCAGAGUUCAGGAGCAUGACCCCAGGGACCAAAGAUCCAAACUUCGGGUCAGUCCUCUAUGCCCUGAAAGUGACCGGCAAAAUAAGAAGACGAGGAGACAAUAUCCGCUUUAACUCCAACGUCACAUCUCUUUAUUUGGACCAGUGGCAUUCACACAGGCGCCAUCAGCCAGUGCCAUUACAGAAUGAAGCUGCCGGUCCAAUACAGGCCUUGCCCUCUGGAGAUGGAGUUCGAGCCCGGAGGCAACUGGCCGGUCUUCUGAUGACCAGUCUGAAGAAAGACAGGGCUCAGUUCAUCUCUGACAAACAUGGUAUCCGCAUCGUCUCUGAUGACUAUGAGAUUGAGAAUGGGAAACUUUGCUUGCAUGUGGACAAAUAUGAGUGUACGGUAAAUCUGAAAGUGGAAAACACUGGAACUGACCCUGUAUAUUUCACCUACUACACCCCACUGCACUGGCUCAAGUAUUUCUCCCUGACGGACAAGCACAAAGUGACCAAGACAAACCCUCUGUAUCUACAACCAGGUGACAGCUAUGAGAUCCAUGUUCACUUCAACUGCACUUUAGUUGGAUUCUAUCCAGCUACACUGGCCUUUGAGUUCAAACCAGACCUGCAAUCUGCUGCGUUCCACAUUGUGCGCUUUAUUGAGGCUCGCUGUAUAACUGCCUUAGGACGGGAGCUGGCACCUAUUGCACCCUACAAACCUUGCUCCAUCCCUGCCUGGACCCCUGAAGUUCAUUACACGAUUGUGGAUGGAAUACGACCUGAAGGAAUGUCAGUGAUGAAGCUACGAAAUGUGGUUGAGCUAAAACUGUAUCGAAUGCCAGACUAUAUGACCCAGCUCAUCGAGUCCCUGAAAUGUACUUUUUCCUCUGAUACAAGAAGGGCCUUGCUGGAAAGUCCCUUGUGCUGGGAGAACUACUCCCAGAAGUUUGAACUGCUGCUUUAUCUGGAGGAGCAACAAAUGAAGGUGGACAUCAAGAGAUACAACAUCCCCAACAAUGAAAGAAGUGAGGCUAUCAUGCAGAGAGACCGUGCCAACAAGAAACUUCUCGUUCUGGAGGUGCCUGGUGUGUCUGAGAACCGCCCAUCUGUGCUACGAGGGGAUGCGCUGCUGGCGCGUCCUAUAGGAGAAGAUAAAGUAAAGUACCGUGGCUACGUCCACAGUGUGCAGUUUGACAGUGUCAAACUCGGCUUCAGCUCAGAAUUGCUGAGUCGCUUUAUAGAUGGCAUGAAGUUCAGUGUUGAGUUCACUGUCAACCAACUGACACUGCGUGUUCAGCACAGAGCAGCAGAGCUGGCAGUUGCACGCGAACUGGGAGAGGUCUUGUUCCCUACUGCACCUGCCUCUCUGCCUCCUGAGCUUCCCAAACUCAGGCUGUGUGACAUAAAACUGGAGAGGAACCCAGAGCAGUAUCAGGCUGUACAAAACAUUGUAGCUGGCUCGUCAAAACCUGCCCCUUACCUGGUGUUUGGCCCGCCUGGAACAGGCAAAACUGUGACGCUCGUAGAGGCCAUCAAGCAGAUAGAGAAGAGCCAGCCCUCUUGCCACAUCCUGGCCUGCGCCCCAUCCAACAGCGCUGCUGAUCUGCUCUGCGAGAAGAUUCUGGACCACGUGGAUAAGUGUAAAGUGUACCGCAUGUAUGCCACUAGCCGGGACCCAGAAUAUGUCCCUGAAAAACUAAAGGAAUGCUCUAACCUGGUAGGGGAGUGUUAUGUUUUUCCCCCUAAAGAGACGCUGAUGGAGUAUAAGAUCAUGGUCACCACCCUGAUAACCGCUGGAAGGCUGGUCUCAGGAGACAUCCCUGAAGGUCAUUUCACUCAUGUGUUUGUGGACGAGGCAGGACACGCAGUGGAGACCGAGUGUUUAGUCCCAUUGGCAGGGCUUCUCGAUGCAGUGUCCGGACAGGUUGUUCUGGCUGGAGACCCCAAGCAGCUCGGACCCAUUCUCAGAUCCCCCUUUGCAUUAAAAUACGACAUGGGAAAGUCCCUCUUGGAGCGUUUGAUGAAUGAUUUCCCUCUGUACCUGAAGAACGAGGGCGUGUUCAACAGUCGCUUUGUCACCAAACUGCUGAAAAACUACAGGUCCCACCCUGCCAUCCUGAAGAUUCCCAACGAGCUCUUCUAUGACGGAGAGCUGCAGGUUUGCGCGGAUGAAUUUUUACGCAACUCCUACUGCAGAUGGGAAUACCUCCCGAAGAAGGACUUCCCAGUGAUCUUCCAUGGUGUGACUGGUGUUGAUGAGCGUGAGGCCUGUAGCCCAUCAUUCUUUAAUGUAGCAGAGGUGGAGGUGCUGGUGGACUACGUGAAGAAACUGCUGCAGACACAUGGCAAGAGAGGCCUGGCUACCAUCUCACCCAAAGACAUUGGCAUCAUCGCCCCCUACAGGAGACAGGUGCUGAAAAUCCGAAGGGCUCUUGAAAAACUUGAGAAAGACGAUAAUAUUAUGUUUAAGAACAUGCGUGGCCUCAAGGUUGGAUCGGUGGAGGAGUUCCAGGGUCAGGAGAGGAAAGUGAUCAUGGUGUCAACUGUUCGGAGCAGCCCUGACUUUGUAGAGAUUGACAAACAGUUCAACCUCGGCUUUGUCAAGAAUGAAAAGAGAUUCAACGUGGCUGUGACUCGAGCUAAAGCCCUGCUGAUUGUGGUGGGAAACCCCAGAGUGCUGAAGUCAGAUGAUACCUGGGCCAGGUUCAUCCAGUACUGUCGAGAUGAAGGAGGUUACACAGGUUUCAUUGAUGCAGAGGAAGAUGAGGAUGUGGUGAUGAGACUAUCUGCCCUCUACAUUGAUAUUCAGGCUGAAGUGACCAUGAACUGUGACACAGCUGAGAGUGGCGUUCAGCGGUUCCUGGACCCCGAAUGGAGGAGCGACCUGUGAGGAAGAGGAGAGCCAAAAAAACUGAAGGGAUUCAUUUUGAUUGUAGUCAGAUGAAACAAAAAGUUACAAAGAAAAGUUCAUAAUAAAGUUUUUUUACAUUUGUACUCAAUUUCUCAGAAAAAAGGCCUCAUGGUGCCUUUACACAUUAAAGAUACACAGUCACUAUUCUCAAGAUAAAAAUAAAUAUGUCAGCCAUAUGAGCGAGACCAAGGACCACAAAGCACAGGGAGAUUCAUGUGUAGAGCAGAAAAAACCAAAUCACCAAAAACCACGCCAAAAAAAUGAAUGGGUGUGUACUGGGAGAAUGUUCCAGAGCUAGAGUGCGUGACAUCAUCACUAGAGUGGAGUGGGAGAGAACAAUUCUUUGAAAAAUAAAUUUUUCAACUGUGCUCGAGGCCGUAAAUGUCACUCUACAGACAUAAACACACACACACACACACACAAGACAAAAGUCUUUCAAAAUAAGAGUCCCUUCAAAAUGAGAGCCCAUUAAAAAUCCAAUGAUAACCCAGCUUGUUGUAUUAAUACUGAAUUUGCUGAGCAGUGUCAAUAAUAAUGUAUGGGGGCGACGGGCCAGAGUCAGGCACCCUCAAAAUUUCUUUAGAAAUUUUUCUAGUUCAUAUUGUUAUUUAAAAUUAAUUUUAAAUAAGAUAUCUCAGGUUUGUGUUGUGUGUUUUUUUUCUUUUUUCUCAAUCAAGAAAAUGUUUUUUUAGAAUCGUGUAGUUUUAUUUUAGGUCAGGGGUCUAUCCAUAUAUGAAGUAUCCAAUCUAUUUUUAAAUCACAAUGAUUGAAUGCAAAUAUUUUUAUUGAAAUUAAUUAAAUAAAAAUGUUUAUGGUCUAUUUUAAA